AUGAAGAGAUUUCAUUUAUCGCCGACAAAAUUAAACGAAACCCAAAACCGUGAUGAUCUGCGAGUCGUAUGGAUUGGUUCCAUUCAUGCACCGGAUGAGUUAAAAGGCUUUGAUGAGUAUUUAAAAGAAUAUGACUCAUGUGAAACUUGUGAAAAUGAUAUAAAGGAAGUUGAAAGUGAACGUAAAUUUCUUCUUGUAGUAAAAAAUUUUAUACCUAAAACAGCUUUGGAAAGCUUAUGCCAAAUUCAGUCAAUUUAUAUUUUACAAGAAAAAGACCAAGACCUCGAAUAUAAUUCCAGAAAUCAUUCGAAAAUAGUUGGAACAUUUAAUAGUAUUGAUACACUAGUCAACCGGCUACAUAAAGAUAUCUUAUUGACGUAUCGAGGUGAUUUACCCAUCAGCAUAUCUCCUUUACAUGAAAUUAAAAACGAACAGUCGUUAACGAAAGUCAAUGGAAAUACAUUAAUGUUUGUGUGGGAUCAAAUUUUUAUUUAUUAUCUAGUUCAUCCUAUUACAUUCACUAUGGAGGAAUUAAAAAGUGACAUGUUAAAACAAUGCGAAUUAGAUUAUAAACAUGAUAAAGUUCAACUAGAGUUGAUCAAGACGUUCGGUGAAAAUUGUUCAGAUGACAAUGCAUUAGAAUGGUAUAGCAAAGAUUCAUUUCUAUAUCGACUUUUAAACAAAGCUUUGCGAACGAGAAACAUUGACUUUAUGUGUAAAUUUCAAUAUUUUAUUAUUCGUCUCUAUCAAAACUUUCAAGGUUUAUCAAAAUCACAAGAGAAAACUUGUUCAGUUGUUUAUCGUGGACAAAUUAUGAAGAGAAGUGAACUUGAGAAAUUAAAGUCAAAUGUUGGAUGUUUGAUUUCGAUCAAUACAAUUCUAUCAACAUCAUGUAAUGAAGAAAUUGCGCGUUUAUUUAUUCAUGGAGCCGAAGAUGGAGUGAUUUUCAAAAUUAAUAUUUCAAAUGAAAAUGAGAAGUCAUUUAGAUCAUUUGCUGAUAUUUCACAAUUUAGUACAAUACCAUCAGAAGAAGAAGUAUUGUUUUUUAUUGGAACUGUUUUUUCUCUUGAUUCUGUUCAACAUACAACUGACUCACCAUGUGUUAUUGAACUGACGCUCAAUAAUGAUCCAUCGAAUCAUCUUAGAAAAUUAGUUUCUGUUUUCGCACCAGAUGGUCAGAUGAAUACAGAAACGUAUCUUUCCAACGUGAAAACAAUUGAACCUCAAUAUACCAUUCCAGGAUUUCUUAACUCGAUCGUCGAUUUAUUUAUUAAGAGAAUUAAAAUGAGUCAUCGUUCAAUUAUGAAAACAGAUGAUUUUAAUAUGAUCGAGCAAUACUAUCAUCUAUUAACAGGAAAACAAUUUUCAUCAAGCAAUAAUCCUACGAUGAUGGUUUAUAUUCAUCUUGCUUUUUUUUUCAGUAAUAUAGGCUUCUAUGACAAAGCAAUCCAGGUAUAUGAGCAAAUUCUCUCAUUUCAGAAUAUCUCCCCAAAUAGUCCUCAAUUCAUAGUUAUCCAUAUUAUCAUCGGUUAUCUUUAUUAUCAUUCAUCUCAAUAUGAUGAAGCUUCUUUGCAUUAUGCUAUUGUAUUAUCUUUAUUAAGUGAAGAAGAUUUAAUAAUAGGCGAACUUUAUAGGCAUAUUGCUGAUAUCAAGAAAGAAAAGAACGAUGUCUGUACUACUUUAUCAUAUUAUCAAGAAGCAUUGAGAAUUGCAAAUAAUCGAUAUAUUCCUUCUUUACGAUAUAUUUAUCUGGGGGUCAUCGAUAUAUUAAAAACACAGGACAACCUUCAUGAGGCUGCUAUUUAUGAAAGGCAGUUAAACAAAACUGAUCCGGAUCAGUACUAUAUACCAAUAUCGACGUGGGGUGAUUCAACUCUGUUAUAUGAUUGUCGAUUCCAAUUGAAUAAAGAACAGCAACCAAUUAAACGUGCAGAUUUAUUAUAUAAAAUUGGUCUACAUUGUAUAGUACAAGGUCAUUUUAUGGAAGCUUUAGAACAUCUUUUACAGUCGAAGGAUCUCUAUAUAACUCAGCCACCAUCAUGGGAUCGUUUUCCUCGACAUUUAGCUGCAUUAUUCGAUAAUAUUGGAAUGCUCCAUCUAUUUUUUAAAGAUUAUUUGAAAGCUUUAGUCAUGUGGAGGAAAGCUAUUGAUAUACGUACUAGUUUUCCUUCUUAUUAA